AGGCCUGAAAAUAAGACUCUGAGACUUGUUAGCUUCGAUGGAGGAGGGCCACAAUGUUUGGCGCAACUCUAUGUCCUCAAAGAAAUCAUGCAACGGGUUCAGUACGAUCAAAAUGAGGAGAUUCUGCCUGUAGAAUACUUUGAUUUGAUGGCAGGUUCAGAGCUGGGAGGCAUGGACAGGUUGAUCGUCGUGCUACUCGUUGUUCUCCGCCUAUCUGUGGAUCAAGCUAUCGAAAAGUUUAAAAAAGUGGCGCAAAAGGUCUAUCUCAUCCAGGGCUUGACGACAAUUCAAAGAACAGCAGCCCUCAGAUCCGAGAUAGAAGAUGUCCUCUACGAAGCAAAUUUGGAGAGAGAUGCCCUUUUGUUCGACUCAUCUAGGCCAGCUCAGAGAUGCCAAGGGCAAGUACUAUUCUCUGCCAAUCGGCCUUCGUCCCUAAUCAGCGUGACAGAUUCCUCACGGCAGUCCUCUCUACAGGGGCCAAUGUCUGCUUCAAACUGA